CAUCCCAAUUCUGUCUGUGUUUUUCUCUCUCUUUCUCACUCUGUCUCUCCCUCUCUCUGCCAGGGAACCCUUACUCCCCGCUGUCUCUCUCGGUAUCCCACUCAUUCUCUCUCUCUCUCACACACUCUCACUCAUUCCUUCACUCCCUCCCCCCCCUCUGUCACACUCCUCCCUCCCCCCUCCCCUUCUUUCUCUCUCACAUUCUCUCUCUCACGCAUUCUUUCCCUCCCCUUCUCCCUCUCCCUCCCUCCCUCCCUCUCCAUCCCCGUCUCUCUCACAUUCCCUCUCUCUCUCUCUCUCUCUGUGCUGCUGUCCGCUCAUUCAGCGCCGGGUUCCGUGCGGGGAGCUGAGAGCGGCUCGAUCCCACCUGGAUCCUCUCUGCCCCCAGUCGGGGAUCAGUCCGGGCCGGCUCUCUCUGAUCGCUCCCUCCGCCAGCUCCCUCUGUGUGUGAGGGUGUGUGUGAGGGACCAGGGGCUGUAUCCAUCACCCCCUCCCUCCCUCCCUCCUUGCUUACAGAGCCACAGUAACAAGGGUCGGGGGAAUUGCAUUGAGAGCCUCCCCCUCCUCACCAGCCCCUGACCCUCCUGUCCCAGAGCCUGAGAUGCCAGCCUUGCUGCUGUUCCUGGGCACCGUGUCCCUGGUGUGCCUCUCCAAUGCUGCUCCCCUGGACCCAUGUGUCAGGCUGUCUUGCCUCAACAACGGUACAUGUGGAAGUUUGUUACACAGACUGGCAUCGUACAACUGCAGUUGCCCCCCUGGACUGGCAGGACUACACUGCCAGGAUCAAGUAGACAACUGUACAAGCAACCCCUGUCACCAUGGCAACUGCAGCAGCUCUGACGAUGGCUAUGUUUGUGUUUGUGAAGAAGGUUAUCAGGGUGAUACGUGUGAUCAACCUCUGCCAAGCACUUUGACCCCGACCUGGGCGGAAUCAACGCUGCCAUGGCAACCCCAGCCAGCUGCAACGUCGUUGUCGUCCAACACAACCUCACCAUUGUCCUCACCCUCAACCUCACCCUCAUCCUCAUCAUCACCCUCACCCUCAUCCUCAUCUUUGCCCAAACCCUCAUACUCCUCAUCACCCUCACCCUCACCCUCACCCUCACCUUCACCCUUGUCCUUGCAGCAAACAGUCGUCACGCUGUCGCCAUGGCAGCCGGAACCCGGACACAAAAUUGUAAACCUAACGUGGGACGUCAAAGAGAUGAUCAACUCCUCGAAUUUCCUGUGUGCAGACAAUGGUUCCAAUCACCGUGUUCUUGAAGUACCCGAGGAGACUGCUCUAAGAAUUAAAGUGAACGAGGGUGAUGUAUCUGUUUCUUUCUGGGAAGUUACUGAAGAGAAUUUCCAGCAAUGUUCGGUUACCAAUGGGAAGAGCAUUAUUCCCCUUCACACCGCCGGUGGCUUUGUUCUGCUGGAGGAGAUGCUAUCUUUGGGGAACAACUACUUUCUUGCCAUUGUGAACGAUUUAGCUGCUAAAGCAAUGCCAGCUCUGAGGGUGAACGUGACAGUCAAAGCUAGUAUCUGCAUGGAAGAAAAGAAUGGCCUCCAGUGUUCAGGAAGGGGACAGUGCAUCACCAAACCUUCAGCGGCUGCCUUCUACUGUGACUGUGAGGAAGGACACAUUGGUCUUUUCUGUGAAGAAUUUGAUGGCUGCAGCAGUGUCCAGUGUCAGAACAACGCAACGUGUCUGGAUGUUAAACAGGGGAAUACCGAGAGGAACUUCACCUGUGUCUGUUCACCAGGUUACACAGGAGAAGUGUGCGAGUCCCAGAUCGAUCACUGUACCUCACAGCCCUGUGAACAUGGAGCUACCUGUCUGAGCAGAGCCACUGGCUACAGCUGUGUGUGUCCCGAAGGUUUUACUGGCCUGGCGUGUGAGCAGAGGAUCGAUCCCUGUGCCCUGUUGCCAUGCCAGAACAACGGGACUUGCUUCACCGAUGGCACAUCCUACAGUUGUAACUGCAGUCCUGCCUACACUGGACCUCUCUGCACACAGCUCAUUGACUUCUGUGCCCUCAGUCCCUGUGCCCACGGAAUCUGCCGCGGGGUUGGCACCAGUUACAAGUGUCUGUGUGCCCCAGGUUACCACGGGUUAUACUGUGAGGAGGAAGAUGAUGAAUGCCUUUCAGAGCCCUGUCAGAAUGCAGGCACCUGUAAAGACUUGGUGAAUGGGUACGAAUGCCUGUGUCCUGAUGAGUAUGAAGGUCAGCACUGUGACCUGUAUAAGGAUCCCUGUACUGCGGUCAGCUGUCAGAAUGGAGGCACCUGUACCAGCAAGGAGCAAAAUGCCACUUGUGUUUGUGUCCCAGGAUUUACUGGUGAAAGAUGUGAAGCAGAUAUAAAUGAGUGUGACAGUGAUCCCUGUCAUCAUGGAGGUACUUGCAUGAACGAAGCAAAUGGAUAUACCUGCCAUUGCCCCCAGGGCUGGGUGGGCAUCCACUGUGAUGUUUAUCUGGAAUGGAAGUCUGAUCAGAUGGCAGAGAGUCUGAAUAACAUGCCUCGUCACUCCCUGUACAUUAUCAUCGGUGCCCUCUGUGUGGCCUUUGUUCUGAUGCUGAUCAUUUUGAUUGUGGGGAUCUGUCGGAUUAGCCGCAUUGAGUACCAGGGCUCCUCCAGACCAUCGUAUGAGGAAUUCUACACCUGUCGGAGCAUUGACAGUGAGUUCAGCACGGCCAUCGCUUCGAUUCGGCAUGCCAGGUUUGGCAAAAAGAGCAGGCCAGCAAUGUACGAUGCAACUCCAGUUGCCUACGAAGAUUACAGCCCUGAUGAUAAACCACUGGUCACUCUCAUUAAAACAAAGGAUUUGUAAAGCACAUCUUUUACCGGUGUGAGAAGGGGAGGCGAAAGGGCAAAUACACCCACACAAAAUAUUUUUAAGACAAUGUGUUGCUCAAAUAUCUGAGAGAUUUGCUUUCUGAGUUAGAUUGUCAUUUUCCAGUAGUUAAUCAUACAAACCGAUUCUAUCAAUUAAAUUUUUUUGUGUUUCUGAACUACUUGCUAUGUUAAUGAAAUAUAUUUUCAAUGUUGCUAUUGACCUUAAAAGAAUUUCUCUUUUGUUGUGAAGAAUUUGCAUAAACUGUAAGUUAUAGAAUCUGGGUGUUGGUAUAUUUAUGUUUUCCUGUCUGUGUGAAAUUAACUUCACCAUAGCCUGGAGGAAUUGAGAUUUGUUUUUGAUCAUUCAUUUCCUUAAUUCAUUUUAUUCAGAAAUUUGCAACUCUGUCCUUUCACUUCCAGUUCCUGAGCACGAAUUCUGCCCAAACUACCGGGAUUUAUUUCUGUACUGCGUGAACAUUGAAAUGGUUCAAAUUGUCCAAAAACAUACCAGAGCUGGUCAUACUUUGUUACAAGGUUAUGGUCUCAUUUGGAAUAGCUAAAAGAAAAGCCAAGUGGAAAAGAAAUGUGUUGCAGUUUUUGAACUGUUUGUGUGUGUGUGUGAGAGAGAGAGAGGAUGUGUGUGCCUGUGUGAGAGAGACUGUGUGUUUGUGCAUGUCUGUGUAUGUAUGUGUGCAGAUGUGUGUAUAAAUGUAUGUCAGAGUGUAUGGUGUGUGUAUGUGUGUGUGCGCGUGUGGGAGAGAGUGUCUGUGUGAGUAUGUGCCUGUGUGUGAGAGAAAGAGUGUGUGUGUGAGUAUGUGUAUGUGUGUGUGUGUCUGUGUUUAUUUGUGUGUGUAUGAGAGGAUGUGUGUGAGAGACUGUGUGUGAGUGUGUGUGUCUGUCUGUAAGUGUGUGAGAGAGAAGGUGUAUGUGUAUGUAUGUGUGUGAGAGAGAAGGUGUGUGUGUGUAUGUGGAUGUAUGUGUGUGAGAGAGAAGGUGUGUAUGUGUCUGUAUGUGUGUGAGAGACUGAGUGUGUGUGUGUGUCUGCUUGUGUGUGAGAGACUCUGUGUGUGUGUGUGUGUGUGUGUGUGUGUGUGUGUGUGUGUGUGUGUGUGUGUGUGUGUGUGAGAGAGAGAAGGUGUGUGUAUGUGUCUGUAUGUGUGUGAGAGACUGUGCUUGUGUGUGUGUGUGAGAGAGAGAGUGACAGUGUAUGUGUGAGAGUAUGUGUCUUUGUGCAUGUGUGGUUGUGUGGGGAGAUUCACAUUGAAUGUAAAAUAUUGGGUAAAUGUUCUUCCUCCCAUUCCACCAGCUCCCAAGUGGCCACAAUGCCUUUAAUGUACCCACUCCCUCCCACAGAACUCAGCACCUUCUCCAAAGUUAUUCUUGAAAAGAAAACAAUGAAACAAAGGAUACUUAAAAUUCAGAUUGAUUCUUUGAAACUAUUUGUUAAAAGGAGACCCGAUGCCAAAACGCAAUGAUCAAAAUCAACUCAAUUGUGUCUUGCUCAAUACUUAAAUAGAAAAUGAAUUUCUUCAGGCUAUGGUAUGUUUUGGUGAACUUACCUUAAAGAGAGAGCCUCAUCAUUAGUACCUUUUUUUGAAAAAUCAGUUGUGAAUAUUCGUUACCAUUAAAUGUAUAAUUUCUGUGAAAAUUCUCAAUCAAAUCUUCCAAACAGUACAUUAUUAAAGGAGGAAUUCCAGAUGCAAAUUAGUGACACAGAUAAUAUUGAAGGAGCUGAGGAGUAUGCUACACAAGUGAAAUGGCAGUAACCUGACUUAGUAGGUAAAUUGGUACUAAAUCAGCUCCUAUCCAGUGGCAAAACUUUGGGGUUCUUGUGAUGCAGUGGUAAUGUCCUGUCUCUGAAUCAGGAGGCCUGGAUUAAAGUCCCACCUACUCCAGCAGUGUUUCGUGACAUCACUGAACAGGUUGAUGAGUAAAGUAUCUAUUAACCUGAGUGUGUCUUCCUAUCGACUUGCCCUGCAUAUAAAACAAGAUCUCAUAGUUGAAGAAGAACCUUGAUCCAAAGUGCAGCAUAUAACAGACUGGAAAAAGAGAAAUGAAUCUAUAAACGGUCAGUAACAAAACCAGAAAUUGUUGGAAAAGCUCAGCAGGUCUGGCAGUAUCUGUGCAGAGAAAUCAGACCACAGGGGUCACUCGAUCAGAAACGUUAGCUCUGAUUUCGUUCCACAGAUGCUGCCAGAUCUGAUGAGCUUUUCCAACAAUUUCUGGUUUUGUUCCUGAUUUACAGCAUCCACAGUUCUUUUGUUUUUUUUUUCUAAAUGGUCUUGAUUGUGUUUCUAGGGAGACCAUAAAUGAACAUGCUGUCGGAGCGUUUCCUUCUCCCUGCUGGGGAGACAAAUUUAUUUCCAAAAUAAACCUUUGUGGUGUGGUACACACAUUGUUUUCAUAAAUUUGAUUUAAUCCUAUGAAUCAGAAAGUUUUAAAAAAACACAGAGCACAAAGCAUUUCAAUAACCUGAUAUCUAAUUUCCAUAUUUUGCUCUUGCAUUACCAAUCAGGUAAAUUGUCAUCAGAAUAAUUUACCUCUUUAAUGUUAAUGGAAUCUCUUACGACUAAUUUUUUAAAAAAACACUGACAAGAAUGUUGAGAUACUCGCUCUUUACAUAGCUAGUUUUUAGUAAUGCAUAUUGUAAUGAAACUUGAAGAUAAAAUGUCUAUAAAAUGUGAUACAGUUACGCAUUCCUAAUCAAGCUGCAAUGACAUUUAAGAAGUGACAUUGUACCCUUCAGGCGAAAAUACCCUGUCAUGUGCAAGUUGAACAUUUUAGCAUUCGCUUCAGUUUUCCCUGCUUGGAAUAUGAUCUUGUAAUACCUUUGUGUUAUUUUGUCUUUUUUGCUCUUCUGUAACUGGUAUUAUUUUUGUGCAAGUAGGUUCCUCAUUAAUGUAUUGAACCGUAAACUGUGUCUUGAAUAUCAAAGCGCCCACAUACCAGCAGGGCCUGUUUGUGAUGGAAUUAGACAUUUGAUUUGCUGCAUUACACACAUGUAUUGAAACUGUAUGUUUAAUGAAACAAUAAAAUGCUUAAACAAAGUAACAAUCGUAUUAGCAACGCAAA